AUGGCUCGCACCAUCAAAAAGGCCAGGUCGAAGAGGACCAAGGGAUCCAGGAAAGGCGAGGCCUCGUCGUCGUCUUCUACCAACACAGCGGUGGCUUCUGGCCCGGCUCAGGUGUGGCAACCAGGUGUUGAUGCGCUGGAAGAGGGGGAGGAGCUCCAGUUUGACCCGGAGGCUUACAAUUAUCUCAGAGGAUUUAGCAUUGGGUGGCCUUGCCUGAGCUUUGAUGUUCUGCGCGAUCAACUCGGGCUUGUGCGGUCGGAGUUCCCACAUACGUUAUACGGCAUUGCUGGAACUCAGUCCGAGAAGGCUUCAUGGAAUUAUGCUGGUAUUUUUAAGCUUUCCAACAUAAAGGGCAAGAAACGGGAACCAAUACCAUCUUCAGCUCUUGAUGGUGAUGAUGAUAUGGAUAGUGACAGCAGCAGCGACGAAGAUGAUGAAGAAAUCAAUGAAGAUGCAGAGUCCAUUUUGCAUUUACAAAAGGUGGCUCACGAGGGGUCGAUAAACCGAAUACGCUCAAUGAAUCAAAAGCCGGAAAUAUGUGCUACAUGGGGAGACACAGGUCAUGUUCAGGUGUGGGACUUCAGCUCCUUCAUUGCUUCAUUAGAAGACCCAGGAACAGUUACACAUAAAGAUAACGGCAUUAUCCACAAUCAUGUACCUCUAAAAGUAUUUAGCGGCCACAAAGAUGAAGGCUAUGCUAUUGAUUGGAGUCCAAAUGUUACUGGAAGACUAGUUUCUGGCGAUUGCAAUAAGUGCAUUCACCUUUGGGAGCCGACUUCAAGCGAUUGGAGUGUAGACGCCAAGCCAUUUGUUGGACACUCUGCAAGCGUUGAAGAUCUGCAGUGGAAUCCCACAGAAGAAAAUAUGUUUGCCUCUUGUUCCGUGGAUGGGACGAUAGCUAUAUGGGAUAUACGUAUAGGGAGGAACCCUUGUUAUGCUCCUGUUAAGGUUCACAAUUCUGACGUGAAUGUGAUCUCAUGGAAUUCGCUUGCAGGUUCUCUUAUAGCAUCAGGUUGUGAUGAUGGCAGUAUCUCAGUCCAUGAUAUUAGAGCAAUCGAGAGCGGCGAGCCUGGUAAGUCCAUGGUAGCACAUUUUGCGUACCACAAGCACCCGAUUACGUCUGUGGAAUGGAGUCCAUAUGAAGCAUCAACUUUGGCCGUAUCAUCUGCCGACAAUCAACUGACGAUUUGGGAUCUUUCGUUGGAAAGGGACGCAGAAGAGGAGGCCGAAUUCAAAGCCAAGAUGAAAGAACAAGCAAAUGCACCCCGAGAUUUGCCCCCACAACUUCUCUUUGUUCAUCAGGGCCAGAAAGAUUUGAAGGAAUUGCACUGGCAUCCACAGAUACCUGGGAUGAUCAUAUCCACAGCAGCCGAUGGCUUCAACGUGUUGAUGCCUAGCAACAUUGACGCAACCAUUCCAUCGGCCGGGGCAUCGAUUCCUAUGCGUAUGUGAGCAGCCGGUCACCUGACUCCAGGUGAAUAAAUUCGUGAACUGAUGAAACUACGAGACGACAGUGCGAAUUCUCAGUUUUCGCUAGUGGUACCACGUAGUAUAUGGCUUUCUCAUAUUAUUUUUAUACCAGGAGUUUCAGUUCUGCAUAAGAUGUUAUUGCCCUUUUGCUUGAAGAUAAUCAAGCAACAU